AUGGACGUUUUGCGGGCCUCGGCGUCUCGCUGGGCCUUUGAGCCCUCGGGCGGCGCAGCGCAGCAGCUGCAGCAGCAGCAGCAGCAGCUGGCAGCAGCAGCAGCAGCAGCAGCAGCAGCAGACGAAAGCAUGCGCUGCGAGGCCCUCUUCUUUAGGGAAGCUGAUGAAACGCUGCAGCAGCUGCAGCUGCUCGCCAGCCUCACAAACCAAGCAGCAGCACUUGCUGCUGAGCAAGCAGCAGCAGCAGCAGCAGCACCACCACCACCACCAGCAGCAGCAGCAGCAGCAGCCCCAGCGGCAGCAGCAGCCCCAGCGGCAGCAGCAGCAGCGGCAGCAGCACCAGCAACAGCAGCACCAGCAGCAGCAGCACCAGCAGCAGCACCACCACCAACAGCAGCACCAGCAGCAGCAGCAGCACCAGCAGCAGCAGCAGCAGCAGCAGCAGCAGGGCAGCUGACGGCUUCGAAUGUGCAGCAGUGGCUGCAGCAGUUCUGCAGCACAGCAGCAAGAGUUGUCCAUACACUCGAACAGUACCAGGAGCAGCCGCUGCUGCUGGACCCUCACCUGCCGCAGCAGCUGCAGGUGCUGCUGCUGCCGAUUCAGGAGCAUUUGCUGCUGCUCACCGCGCACUCCCUGCAGCAGCAGCAGCAGCAGCAGCAGCAGCAGCAGCGGGAGAGGGGGGGCUGGGCCGCAGCAGCAGCUUGCUGCUGCCUGCGGCUGCUGCUGCACCUGGUGUACGUACACUGCAAAGUCAGGGGGGCAAAGGCCAUCCGCAAUUUGCUGCCGCAGCAGCCCGAGCUGCUGGAGCCCGUUUUCGCAGCAGCAGCAGCGCUGCAGCAGCUGCAGCAGCAGCAGCAGCAGCAGCAGCAGCGGCAGCAGCAGCAGGACAAGAGCCACGAGGAGGAGACCCUGCAGCAGCAGACUCAAGAAGCCUCAAGUGCUGCUCCUGCCGCUGCAGCAGCACGAUCUGCUGACGCAGGAGCAGCAGCAGCAGAUGCAGCAGCAGCAGCAGCAGCAGAUGAAGCAGCAGCAGCAGCAGCAGCAGCAGAUGCUGUUGCUGCUGUGGCGGACACACUGCCCAUAUGGAGUUCAGUCUUUUCUCUUUUUGUGUGGCUCUCUUUGCUGCUGCUGGCUCCCUUUAGUUUAUUAUCUUUAGACUCAAACCAAACCCAGCAGCAGCAGCAGCAGCAGCAGCAGCAGCAGCAGCAGGGGGAGCAGGAGCAGCAGCAGGAAGAGGAACGGCAGCUGGCGCUUGCUGCUGCUGCUGACGCGCCGCUCGGCCUGCGGCUGCUGCACCUGGCCCUGAGCUGCUGCAGCAGCAGCAGCAGCAGCAGCUCGAAAGCAGCAGAUGCUGCUGCGCUGCUGCUGCAGUCCCUUUUUCUGCGGCCCGAUGUCCACGAGCAGCAGCAGCUGCUGCUCAGGGCCUUUCUCCGCCACUGCGAGCUCACGCUGCUGGGCCCGCAGCAGCAGCAGCAGCAGCAGCCGCAGCAGCAGCAGCAGCAGCAGCAGCCGCAGCAGCAGCAGCAGCAGCAGCAGGGCCUGGAGGACAGCAGCACCGCGAGCCUCUUCGGCUCAGAACAAACCAAUGGCGAGUCUUCUCUCCGCAGCAGCAGCAGCAGCAGCAGCAGCAGCAGCAGCAAGAUAAAUAGCGAAGCAUCUAUUAUUAAUUAA